AUUUGGUAUUUAUUUUAUAGCACUUGCCUACGGCCUGCUUGGUGCUUGCCUACUAGCUACUUUAAUAAUCUAAAGAUUAGAUUACAUUAUAUUAAAGAGAGAAUCAAUAUAGUUCAAAGACAUGCACUUUACCUGGCCAGGCUCUUCUAUAAAGGGCUCCAUCAGGUUGGUUUAGUUUGCAAGAUUUUGGCAGUAAAGAAGGGAAUGCAGGAAGUGCUGAAAAUGGUGAAAAGCAAUGAACAAGUUGUUCCUGGAGCCAAAUAUUGUGUCACAGGUUCCACAGGGUAUAUCGGUUCAUGGCUAGUGGAGGCUCUUCUUGAAAGGGGAUGCACGGUUCAUGCCACUGUUAGAGAUCCUGCAAAGUCAUUGCACCUUCUGUCUCUGUGGAAGGGUGGUGACCAAUUGAGAUUUUUCCAAGCGGAUUUGCAUGAAGAAGGAAGCUUCGAUGAGGCUGUAAAAGGAUGCAUUGGUGUGUUCCAUGUUGCUGCUUCAAUGGAAUUCAAUGUUAGGGACAAAGAAAACAAUGAGGCUUUUGUUCAAGCAAAUAUAACUGACCCUGCAAUCAAAGGAACCAUAAACCUUCUAAAGUCUUGCUUGAAAUCCAAUUCUGUGAAAAGGGUUGUCUUCACAUCUUCCAUUAGUACCAUUACUGCCAAAGACAUCAACGGAAAGUGGAAAUCUAUUGUUGAUGAAUCUUGCCAAAUCCACCCUGACACUGUAUGGAACACACAAGCAAGUGGAUGGGUUUAUGCACUUUCAAAGCUUCUCACAGAAGAAGCAGCAUUUCAAUUUGCUAAAGAGAACGGCAUUGAUCUUGUGUCAGUCAUAUCAAGCACUGUUGCAGGCCCAUUCUUCACUGCUAAUGUACCAACAAGUGUUAAAGUUCUAGUGUCACCAUUAACAGGUGAAACUGAGUACUUCAGGAUAUUAUCUGCUGUAAAUGCCCGAAUGGGAUCAAUUGCUUUAGUUCACAUUGAAGAUAUAUGCAGUGCUCACAUAUUCCUAAUGGAGCACGCUAAAGCAGAAGGCCGAUACAUAUGCAGCAGCCAAAGUUGUGCAUUGUCUGACUUGGCUACCCUUCUUUCCAAAGUGUAUUCAAAUUCAAAUAUCUACCAGAAGACCGAGAAAAUUUAUGACAAAAUUCCCUCUGAGAUUUCAUCAAAGAAGUUACAAGAUUUGGGCUUUAGUUACAAGCAUGGCCUUGAAGAUAUAAUUUAUCAAACACUUAUGUGUUGCCUAGACUAUGGUUAUUUACCUCCUGUUUAGUCAGUCGUAGUUUUUCAUUACCAUUGUACAUGAUUUUAAACAAUUGAGUUUAACCAAUUUGUAUUUUGUCACUCAAAUUAAAUGUAGUCCACUUGCAAACCA